AUGGCCAUGAUCGCACCAGCACCGACGGCUCACAUUGGGUUUGCCAAAGAAUACACAUGGGAUCUCUCCCGCUUUCAGUCUUAUCCUCAGCACAACUCGAGCUCGAAUGCCGUGUCUCUGCCCUCGAUCCGCCACCAAUUCCCAGAUUUGCUAUCUCCCUGCACAUCACCCGUCCACUCCGCCGAGCUCUCACCACACACUCCUGCGACUGGGCACUCGACAUCUCAGGCCUACGUCUACUCUCCCCCAUCAACCAAGAGGCGGAGAACGCCCAUCGACGAUGAGUUCGAGAGACAGCGGGCAAGGCAAAUACCCCGACUCCUCCACCAUGGCGAACAGCAGGGUCAUGAAGCACGAUCACCGCAUGCCACAUUGCCAGUGGCCCCUCCUGCUCCCGUGGAGAUGUCCGAACGGAGCUUGCACGUGGAAAAUGGCCCUGCCGCACCCAAUUUCCCUCCUACUUUGAGCACCGAGAGGCCUGUCGCUGUGCGACCUGUGGCUCGUGGCUCCCACUUGGACGACUAUCGAGACACGAAGACUCACCACGCUCCUCAUCAGGCACACCAAGUACCGCCUCCUGCGGCUGCCGAGAACACGCACCGUCAUGCUGGGCCGGCUUACGACUUUGCUUACCGACACCCGAGUCAGACGCACACAGCAAGCUCUCCUCAUCACACAUACGAGCGCUCUCCCUUCUCUGCUGGCACCUACACACGCCACUCAUACCCCGAGUACCCUCGUUAUGGCGAGAUGGGCCAUGCCGGAGCCCCUCAUGAUCAGAAGCAGCGUAAACGCCGCGGUAACCUGCCCAAGGAAACGACCGACAAACUUCGGUCAUGGUUCCACGCUCACGUCUCACACCCUUAUCCCACCGAAGACGAGAAGCAGGAACUGAUGCGUCAGACUGGGCUGCAAAUGAAUCAAAUUUCCAACUGGUUCAUCAAUGCGCGCAGACGUCAACUUCCCGCUAUGAUCACAAAUGCCCGCGUCACUUCCGACGCCAUGAGCGGCAGAAGCGCCGAAGGCAAAGUCCCCUCAAGCACCGAGGGAUCGGAUCCGCACAUUCAGCAAGAUGGCUUGACGCUAAGUGACGGCGAAGGGGUCCCGUAUGAGGAGGAGUUGGAGUCGUUCCAGCGAUACCGAGGGUCAGCCUCCAAGCGCACCAGCGUGUGA